ACAGUUUCUCUCUAUCUUACACAUAUUUUCCGCGAACUCGAUCGAUCGGCAUCGUCACACACACCCACUCUAGGGGGAAGAAAGAAAAAGCCACCACGACACAAUAAUUCCCUCCGAAUUUUCCUUAUUUCUUCCCUAAUCCUAACCACUAAUUUCCCUUCUCUUUCGCACCCUUUCCAUUUUCAUUCCCUCAACUUAAUUAGGGUUCCUCUCCCAAUUCCUCUUCAUUCUAUUUUUUUUCUUCAAAUCUCUCAACUAACACGCUCUCAUUGUUUCUUCGAUUCCACUUUCAUCCUCUUUUCGUUUUCAAUCCUCUACCAACUGCAAAAAAAACAACAAAAAAAAUUAGUUGAAAUUUCGUCGUUUUGGUUUUCAUUUCUCGAAGAAAAAAAUACGAUUGUGUUUUUCUUCAUCUGUUUCGUUUCGAUUCGAUUCGAUUCUAGCUGUUUUUAUUUUUUAGAUUUUUGAUUUUGUUUAUUGUUAUAAUUGGAUUCUUCCUCGCAAGAAACUCCGUGAAGUUUUUGGUGCGUUGUUUUAGUUUGCUAUCCGAAAUCGAGGGUUUUCUUGAUAGAUCUCUUUCAGUUUUUUUAUUUUCGUUUUUUUUAUCACGUUUCGUUUUCCUCUUUAGAAUCAAAAGGAAAAAAAAAGAGAAAUUGUUGUUUUUAUUAGAAUUACCCCCAAAAAAAUUAGGGUUUGUGGCUGAUUGGUUUUGUUAGGGUUUGUGUAUAUAUAGACAGGGAAGGAAAAUAUAUGUGAUGGCAUUGAAUUUCUCUCAUCGUUCUUUUUUUCCUGGUGGUAUGGCGGAGGAUAAUUUGGUUUCUCCGAUGAGAAUGGGGAAUGGGUACCGGGUGGAUGGUAUUCCUGAGAUGAGUGGUGGUGGUAGCGGUGGUGACGGAUUUGGUAAUGGUUGGUGCGAUGUUGAUAAUUGUUUUGAUUAUGGAAAUGAUAGAUGUGAUAGAGGGGGUGUUAGUGCCACUCAGGAUUCUGUUUCUAAUGAUAUUAUUGAUCGUUUGCCUACAGAUCCUUUUGGCAUGGGGAUUGGUACUACCUUCACAGCCAUCACUGGAUGGCUGGAGGAUUUGGAUUUCGAAUAUGGUGGAUAUGGUGGGUAUGGUGGGGAUGAGAUUGGUACGAGUGGUGAGAAUUACCCUUUGUUUGCUGGGUUGAAUUUCAUUUGGAACAAUGCUGUGAGGUUCCACACGUUUCCCCAGUGGGGAAAUGUGGGCAUGGAGGAGAAUAGAUUUCAAGGGGUGAGUGGAUUCUCUGAGUAUUCUCAGAGAGAAGUUGGAGAAGCUUCCUGCAGCUUUAGUGCCGAAUCUUCUCGUGACAUGGAUGGCGUAAUGGGUUUUGGUUUUGAUUAUAAAGACGUGGCUGUUGCUGGCGUGUCGGGUGACAUGAACAUGAAUGAUGUGAAUUGUCAUGCAGGAGAUGAACACUCUCCUCAUCCAGCUAUAAUCUAUUCUCUCCCCUAUUUGGGUUUGUCUGGUCUUCUUGCUGUUGAGAGAGUAUGUAAAUAUCUGCAUUUUACUGUUCGAACGGAUACACUUCUGUGGAAAAGUAUCCAUGUUGACCAGCCUUUAAAUGAAAGGAUCACUGAUGAUGUUCUUUUGGAAUUAACCAGUAGGGCUCAAGGUAAACUUGAGUGUCUGAGUUUGGUGGAGUGUUCUAGGAUAACUGAUGAUGGUCUAAGGCGUGUUCUUGAAGUCAAUCCCAAAAUAAUCAAGUUGAGUGUUCCCGGAUGUACAAGAUUAAGUAUUGAAGGUAUUGUGGGUAUGUUAAAAGCUUACAAAAACUCUCUGGGUGCACAAGGGGUGAAGCAUUUACACAUAGGCGGCCUUUAUGGUGUUACACCAAAGCAUUUUGAAGAAAUAAAGCUCUUAUUGAGCACUGACAGUCAACAACAGGAGCAAUCUCAUACUGACAGUCAACUGCAGGGGCAUUCCCGCGCUGACAGUCAACUGAAGAAGCUUUCCAACAAACCGCAUUUCUAUUGCCGUUGGAAUUUGUAUCUGCCCUGCGAUGAUAAUCGGUCCAUAGACAUUGAACUUUGUCCUCGAUGUGAGAAUUUAAGGCUUGUGUAUGAUUGUCCAGCAGAAGGCUGUCAGGGGGUGGUGGGGCAUGCGUCUCAGGUGUGUCGGGCUUGCACGCUUUGCAUACCUCGAUGUAGUCAGUGUGGCCGGUGCAUCAAUGACGGCGAGUAUGAAGAAACAUUUUGUCUGGAAUUGCUUUGCUCUAAUUGUUCUCAUCAUUUGUCCAAAUUGCUAGGAAAGACGGAUGGAAAGGUUGGGCUAAUCAGGCCAAGUUCUCCCUAAACAAAGUUAGGUUAUAAUACUGAAUAACUCUUAAUGAGGAAUAAAGUUCCCUUUUGAAGUCAUACAAAAUGCUGGGUGCUGCUGGACAUGCUUGGCAUUAUUUGUAUUUGGAGGGGAUUUUCCUGUUGUAGGGAAAGUGAAAUUUGAUAUCGUUGUUGUGUCUCUGCUGCUGCUGCUUGAAUAACCUGCAGGAAUCAAAAUCAAUUACUAUGAUAAUGGAUCGCCUACUACAUUGUUGCAUAGUCUUUUUUAUGGGGUUUUUAAUAGGUGGAGCGAUAUGCUUUGCAAUGCAACCUUUCAUUGGGCAACUUUCAGAUGUUAUUUCUGAUAUAGUCCUAUUGUUUUUCCAGUUUGAACUGUCUGAUUUCUAGACCGUUGCUUCUUCAAUAACUCACUGAUAAUUUGGAGUCCGGAUUCGCACCAUUUUCUACAUAUAAGACAGAUAAACAUAAUUGAUAGAUUAGUGAGACUCAUGAGUCAUUAAUCUAUUAUUUACGUUAAUCUCUUUUAUAGAUGGAUAGAGAAUGGAAAAUUGGAAAAUGGGAUGAAUCUGGAUUUUAUAAUUCACUGUUUUCAAGUUGGGGGUCUAUGUACCCUUUUUAUUAUUUUUCCCAUUUUGGACAAGACAAAAAAUAAGUGGAUGAUUUUGUGAUGUAUUUGGAUCUUUGCGUAUUUUAUUUUAGCUUGUAUCAAGUGGAACUCAUUUGACUGAGGAGCUUUAAAUAAAUAUAUAUCUGGGGAUUAUUGUAGCAAAA